UUAGAAUUGUUUAAAAGGGAAUAUAAAUUCAACUUUUCCGUAUAAUGUGACGUAAUUGAAGCACUGAUUGGAUUUUAUUGAUAGUUAAACGAAUUCUGUUUCUUAUCGGCUGAUGGUAUAAAGUGACAUUCGCCGUUUUUAUUGUUGGCGGGAAGACGUUUUUGAAAUCGGACUUUUUUUUAUACGGCUAUGAGUGUUGUGUUGUGGUACGGUUUUAUUUUUUGAUGUUGACAAUUGCUCUUUUAUUUGGAGUUGUUUUUUUUUGUUAUUUUUUAAAGUUCUUGUUAAAAAUCGAGAACAACAAGGAAGAAUCGGAACAUAAUAUGGAGCAAGCGGAGCAAGAGCAGGUGCGCUGCUCUUCGAGUGAGAGCGAUAACUUUGAAAAAAUAGAUUCUGAAGAAGCGAAACAAGAAUCUAACGAUAAUCCGAACUUCGUGGUCGGCGAUGAAGCGUCAGACGUUGAUCAGCAUGACGACGGACCGUCUCACGAAGGUGGCGAUUUCUUCCCAAACGCACCCCCUCCAAAUAUACGCCCCAAGUUGACAGUUGCCCAGCAGCUAGCGCUCGCUGAAAAGCGAAGCAAACUCAGACCGUCUAUGUCCCAAGGCACAGUUAUACACAGCCAGCGCUUCCAAGAGAAAGAUUUUACCGUUGCAACACCAGAAGAAUUUGUUCGUCGUUUCCAAGGGACAAAACCUAUUAAUAAGGUAUUGAUAGCAAACAACGGUAUUGGCGCUGUGAAAUGUAUGCGUUCAAUACGAAGAUGGUCGUACGAGAUGUUCAAGAACGAGAGGGCGAUACGGUUUGUCGUUAUGGUGACGCCGGAAGACUUAAAAGCGAACGCGGAGUACAUCAAAAUGGCUGACCACUACGUCCCCGUGCCCGGGGGGUCGAAUAACAACAAUUACGCGAACGUUGAGUUGAUCGUGGACAUAGCUGUGAGAACUCAAGUUCAGGCUGUCUGGGCCGGUUGGGGUCACGCUUCCGAGAACCCUAAACUGCCGGAGAUGCUCCAUCGAGCUGGCGUUGUCUUUAUCGGUCCACCAGAGAAGGCUAUGUGGGCUUUGGGUGACAAGAUCGCAUCGUCAAUCGUGGCUCAGACCGCUGAUAUACCGACGCUACCCUGGAGCGGCAGCGAAUUGAAGGCGGAAUACAACAGUAAAAAGAUCAAAAUAUCGUCGGAGCUGUUCGCGCGUGGCUGCGUCACGACGCCAGAGCAGGGGCUGCAGGCCGCCCACAAGAUCGGUUUUCCGGUCAUGAUAAAAGCGUCCGAAGGUGGUGGGGGUAAAGGUAUUAGAAAAGUCGAGAAUCCGGAUGACUUCAAUAACAUGUUCCGACAGGUUCAAGCUGAAGUCCCCGGGUCGCCGAUAUUCGUGAUGCGACUUGCGAGAUCAGCUCGGCACUUGGAAGUACAGCUCCUAGCUGACCAGUAUGGUAAUGCGAUAUCCCUGUUUGGCCGCGACUGUUCCAUCCAGCGUCGUCACCAGAAGAUCAUAGAGGAGGCUCCGGCCGCUAUCGCGAAGCCCGACGUCUUCAUUGAGAUGGAGAAGGCGGCGGUCCGCCUGGCUAAGAUGGUGGGCUACGUGAGCGCGGGCACGGUGGAGUACCUGUACGAGCCGCUCACCGGCAGCUACUUCUUCCUGGAGCUCAACCCGAGGCUGCAGGUGGAGCAUCCUUGCACGGAGAUGGUGGCCGACGUCAACCUGCCUGCCGCACAGCUGCAGAUCGCCAUGGGACUUCCACUCUACCACAUCAAAGAUAUCAGGCUGUUAUACGGGGAGUCCCCGUGGGGAAUGACGCAGAUAGACUUUGACGAACCGAAGCAGAGACCGUCGCCGUGGGGUCACGUAAUCGCAGCUAGGAUCACGUCCGAGAACCCUGACGAAGGUUUCAAACCGUCCUCUGGUACGGUCCAAGAGUUGAACUUCCGGUCCUCAAAGAACGUGUGGGGAUACUUCAGUGUGGCGGCUUCGGGUGGUCUUCACGAGUUCGCUGAUUCUCAGUUCGGGCAUUGCUUUUCGUGGGGCGAGACGAGGGAGCAGGCGCGAGAAAAUUUGGUAAUCGCUCUAAAGGAAUUGAGCAUCCGUGGUGACUUCCGGACGACCGUGGAAUAUCUUAUUACAUUACUGGAGACUCCGUCCUUCCAAGACAAUAAUAUUGACACGAGCUGGCUGGACGCACUCAUCGCGGAAAGGGUUCAAGGCGAGAAACCAGAUGUAAUGUUGGGUGUCAUCUGCGGCUCCAUACUCAUAGCGGACAGCUUCAUAACGGCGCACUUCCAGGAGUUCAAGAGUGCCUUGGAAAAAGGUCAAAUUCAAGGGUCCAGCCAGUUGUCCAACUGUGUUGAUGUGGAAUUGAUCCACAGCGGACACAAGUAUAAAGUCCAAGCUACAAAAUCCGGCCCAACUUCCUACUUCCUGUCAAUGAACGGAAGCUUCAAGGAGUUGGAAGUACACAAACUUACGGAUGGCGGUACCCUACUGUCUAUCGACGGAGCUUCAUUCACGACGUAUUUAAGGGACGAGGUGGACAAAUACCGUAUCGUGAUCGGUAAUCAAACGGUGGUCUUCGAGAAGGAAAAGGAUCCGUCCAAGUUGCGAGCGCCGUCUGCCGGCAAGCUGAUCAACACGCUGGUGGAAGACGGCGGCCACGUCGAUAAGGGACAGCCCUAUGCUGAGAUUGAGGUGAUGAAGAUGGUGAUGACGCUGGCGGCGCCCGAGGCGGGCCGCGUCACGUGGGCGCUGCGGCCCGGCGCCGUGCUGGACGUGGGCGCGCUCGUGGGCACGCUGGAGCUCGACGAUCCGUCGCUAGUGACGACCGCACAGCCCUACAAGGGACAGUUCCCACUCGAGGACAACCCGCAGCUCUCCGAGAAACUGAAUCACGCCCACAAUAAGUACAGGGCUAUCUUGGACAAUACGCUCGCUGGCUACUGUCUCCCCGACCCGUACAACACGCCGAGGUUACGAGAGGUUGUCGAGAAGUUUAUGCAGAGUCUGCGUGAUCCCUCGCUACCUCUUCUUGAAUUACAAGAGGUGCUGUCGUCUACAUCUGGUCGCAUACCCCUCUCCGUGGAGAAGAAAGUCAGGAAGCUGAUGGCGCUGUACGAGAGGAACAUCACCAGUGUGCUGGCGCAGUUCCCAAGUCAGCAAAUCGCAAGCGUUAUUGACCACCACGCAGCAUCCUUGGCGAAGAGAGCGGAUCGUGAUGUGUUCUUCAUGAGCACCCAAGCGUUAGUCGUUUUAGUGCAAAGAUACAGGAAUGGUAUCCGAGGACGCAUGAAGGCAGCCGUUCAUGAUCUACUCAAGCAAUAUUAUCAAGUUGAGAGUAAUUUCCAAUUGGGCUCGUACGACAAGUGCGUGAUGGCGCUCCGCGACCGCUACAAGGACGACAUGCAGCCCGUCGCCAACAUCAUAUUCUCGCACAACCAGGUCGCCAAGAAGAACCUGCUGGUGACCAUGCUGAUCGACCACUUGUGGUCGAACGAGCCGGGCCUGACGGACGAGCUGGCGGCCACGCUCAACGAGCUCACCUCGCUGCACCGCGCCGAGCACAGCCGGGUGGCGCUGCGGGCGAGACAGGUUCUGAUCGCCGCCCACCAGCCGGCGUACGAGCUGCGCCACAACCAGAUGGAGUCCAUCUUCCUGUCGGCGGUGGACAUGUACGGCCACGACUUCCACCCCGAGAACCUUCAGAAGCUGAUACUCUCCGAGACGUCCAUCUUCGACAUACUGCACGACUUCUUCUACCAUACCAACGCCGCGGUAUGUAACGCGGCGUUGGAGGUGUACGUCCGCCGCGCGUACACUUCGUACGACAUCACGUGUCUGCAGCACUUGGCGCUGUCCGGCGAGUUGGGGGUUGUACAUUUCCAAUUCGUUCUACCGACUGGUCAUCCGAACAGAAUACCAAUAAGUCAAUCAGAGAUCGAGCUGGCUUCAGCCCAAGACCAGGAAGGCGUGCCCGCGGAGCUGUCCACCGCUGCGAUGAGGAAGUGCCAUCACCGCACCGGGGCUCUGGCCGCCUUCAACUCCUUCGAGCAGUUUGUGGAGUACGCGGACGAGCUGCUCGACCUCGUGCACGACUUCGCAAGCUCAGCCACAGUCAGGAAAGAGGAUUUACAGGCGCUCCAAGAUGGCAGCGAGACCCGGGACAGCACGAGUAUAAACGUCGGACACGACUUGAAACCGAGCAUCGAGGAGGAAGUGCCGCUGGAGCCGAUCCACAUCCUGAUGAUCGGCGUGCGCGACAGCGGCGACAGCGACGACGGCGCCGUGUCGCGGCGCUUCGGGCAGUUCUGCCGCGUGCACGCGCGCGAGCUGAGCCUCAAGCGCAUCCGCCGGAUCACCUUCAUGCUGCUCAUCAAACGCCAGUUCCCGAAAUUCUUCACAUACCGAGCCCGUAACGAGUUCACAGAGGACACGAUCUACCGUCACUUGGAACCGGCGUCCGCGUUCCAGCUGGAACUCUACCGCAUGAGGAGCUACGACCUGGAAGCUUUGCCGACCAGCAACCAGAAGAUGCACUUGUAUCUAGGGAAAGCUAAGGUCAAGAAAGGUCAGGAGGUUACCGACUUCAGAUUCUUCAUACGUUCCAUCAUCAGGCAUCAGGACCUCAUCACCAAGGAGGCGUCCUUCGAAUAUCUGCAGAACGAGGGAGAGAGAGUGCUACUGGAAGCGAUGGACGAGCUCGAGGUGGCGUUCUCCCACCAGCUCGCGAAGAGGACCGACUGCAACCACAUUUUCUUGAACUUCGGCCCCACCGUCAUCAUGGAUAUCGCUAAAAUCGAAGAAUCGGUGCUAGGCAUGGUGAUGAGGUACGGACCUCGGCUCUGGAAGCUGAGAGUCCUACAGGCGGAGAUCAGAUUCACUCUUAGAAUUGGCCCCGGAGCGCCGACGAAGAACAUCCGUCUCUGUCUCUCAAACGGUUCGGGGUACUCGUUGGACGUGUACACGUACGAGGAGGUGAUCGACCCGAGGACCGGUGUGAUAAUAUUCCAAUCAUUUGGACCGAAGCAGGGUCCCAUGCACGGUCUUCCGAUAUCGACCCCCUACGUCACGAAAGAUUAUUUGCAGCAGAAACGAUUCUUGGCCACGUCCCAGGGCACCACAUACGUGUACGACAUACCGGACAUGUUCAGACAAGUGGUGGAGAAACGGUGGCGGGAGUGCAUCGACGAAGGCACCGUUGACGGCCCCCCUCCUGACAACGUCAUGAGCUCCGUGGAGCUGGUGAUAGAACCGGACGGUGAGCGACGCGUGGUCGAGGUCACAAGGCUUCCCGGACAGAACACCGUGGGCAUGGUGGCGUGGCGCCUGUCGCUGUGCACGCCGGAGUGCCCGCAGGGCCGCGACGUGGUGCUGAUCGCCAACGACCUGACGCACUACAUGGGCUCGUUCGGGCCGCAGGAGGACUGGCUCUACUACCGCGCCUCGGAGUACGCGCGCGAGCGCAAGAUACCGCGGCUGUACGUGAGCGUGAACUCGGGAGCGCGUAUCGGCGUGGCGGAGGAGCUGAAGGGGGAGUUCCAGGUGGCGUGGGUGGACGGGGAGCGCCCCGAGCGCGGUUUCCGCUACCUCUACCUGACGCCGGAGGCCUACUCCAGGCUCGCUGCGCUCAACUGUGUCAAGACGGAGCUCAUCGAAGACGAGGGGGAGGCGCGUUACCGCAUCACUGACAUCAUAGGCAAAGAAGAUGGUCUCGGCGUGGAGUGUCUGAGGGACGCUGGUCUCAUAGCCGGGGAGACGGCGCAGGCGUACGAGGACGUGGUCACCAUCUCCGUGGUCACUUGCAGAGCUAUCGGUAUCGGUUCCUAUGUGGUCAGGCUCGGGCACCGCGUGAUCCAAGUGGAGUCGUCGUACAUCAUCCUGACGGGCUACGCCGCGCUCAACAAGGUGCUGGGCCGCGCCGUGUACGCCAGCAACAACCAGCUGGGCGGCGUGCAGAUCAUGCACAACAACGGCGUCACGCACGCCGUGGCGCCCACCGACCUGGAGGCCGUGCGGACCGCCGUGCGCUGGCUGUCCUACGUGCCCAAGGACAAGAUGAGCAUGGUGCCAAUAAUGAAGUGUGCGGAUCCCAUCGACCGUCCGGUGGAGUGGGUGCCCCCCCGCACCGCAUACGACCCCCGCCUCCUGCUGACGGGAGACAGCACGCGGGCCGGUUUCCUGGACGUCGGCUCCUUCGACGAGAUCAUGAAGCCCUGGGCGCAGACCGUCGUCACUGGUCGUGGUCGGCUGGGCGGCAUCCCCGUGGGGGUUAUCGCGGUGGAGACGCGAACGGUGGAGAUCACGUUGCCCGCUGACCCCGCCAAUUACGACUCUGAAGCUAAGACUAUACAGCAGGCUGGCCAGGUUUGGUUCCCGGACUCAGCAUAUAAGACGGCGCAGGCCAUCAACGACUUUUCCCGUGAGAAUCUCCCGAUACUCAUCUUCGCCAACUGGCGAGGCUUCAGUGGAGGACAGAAGGACAUGUACGAGCAAAUCCUGAAGUUCGGCGCGGAAAUAGUGCGAGCAUUGCGUGGCGCGACCGCCCCCGUGCUGGUGUACAUCCCCCCCGGGGCGGAGCUGCGGGGGGGCGCGUGGGCCGUGGUGGACCCCAGCGUCAACAACCUGCGCAUGGAGAUGUACGCGGACCCGGAGGCUAAAGGCGGAGUCCUGGAGGCUGAGGGCAUCGUCGAAGUGAAGUUCAAGCAGAGAGACAUAUUGAAGACGAUGCACAGGCUGGACCCCGAGCUGCUCAGGCUUGGAGCGAGGACCUCGGAAAUGAAGGAUCAAAUAAAAGAUAUAUCAAAGAAUCUCGAUCGUCGCGGUUCUAUAGACGACGUCCUCAUCACGACUGAAGCCGGGAAACAAGCUGAAAGUCGUGUCCGCGAGCUGGAAACCGAGCUGCUAGCAGCUGAAAAGACAAUAAAGAAGAGGGAGAAGGAACUGGCGCCUAUAUACCACGAAAUCGCAGUCCAGUUCGCCGAGCUGCACGACACGGCUGAGAGGAUGUUGGAAAAAGGCUGCAUAUUCGACAUCGUCCCGUGGCGCGGCUCGCGGCGCGCGCUGCACUGGCGCCUGCGCCGCCUGCUGCGCCAGAACGCGCAGGAGCGGCGCGUGGCGGCGGCGGCGGCGCCCGAGCCGCUGGGCCAGCGCGCCGCCGCCGCCACGCUGCGCCGCUGGUUCGCGGAGGACCGCGGCGACACGCAGUCGCACCGCUGGGAGCACGACAACGAGGCCGUCUGCGCCUGGCUCGAGGCGCAGGCCGGCGACUACGACUCCGUGCUCGAGCGCAACCUGCGCGCCAUCAGGCAGGACGCCGCCAUGCAGACCGUCAACCGCCUCGUCAUGGAGCUAACGCCGUCUCAACGCACGGAAUUCAUAAGAAAACUCACGACGAUCGGAAUGGAAUCGGACUUCAAUAACUGAUCCCCGCUAGUGACGACUCCGUAAAGAGAAAUGCAUCCUAUCUGUUAUAUAGUAAAGUCGAGAAUUGAUUGUAAUGUUGGGAUUUUAUAAAUACUAUUUAUUUUGUAUAAUUUUAGUUGUUCAAUUUGUUUUCUCGAUCGUCGCCGGUUCUCGGACGUUUGUCAAGAAUCGUACGACAAACGAUAAUAUCACGAAUGACGUCACAGAAACUGUUCACGUGACCGACGGCCUCGUUCCGCAAACAUAUCGUGUUAUAUGAGACCAUUUGACAAACGCUCAAUACUCAAACGUAUCGAACGUUGGAAUUUAUAUAUUCUAUCGUAUUCAGUAAUAUUAUGAAAACAAUUGUUUGCCGUUUGUUUUUUUUUUUAUAUAAAAUGACAGGAUACCGUCUUCGAAAGUUAUCUCGUAUAGAUAUAUAUGUAAGUGAUAUUGAAAAUUAUAUUAUAACUGUGUAAUGUUACGAUACAUCCGGCUUCGCUUGUUGAACACACUCGAGGAAUUAAUGCCAAAUAUAAUUACGUGAACGUGUUUUAAUUAAAUUGUCUCUGUGUUGAAAUCUACUAGCUAUUACAAUCGACGGAGUGAAGAUAAAUAAACGUUAGUACAGUACAGUAACAGCCUGUGAAUGUCCCACUGCUGGGCUAAGGCCUCCUCUACCUUUUACAGGAGAAGCUAUGGAGUAUGAAUAAUUACGCUAUAUAAUGCACUAUAAACAGUUCUUGAUUAAUACAUCUUUAUUUAUAAUAAAACACUAUUCCACUUAACAAGUUAUAUGCACUUUAAUUUUACUCUAAAGUUUACUUAAAGAUAACAACUUUGACAUUCAAGACGCCAUUUAUUCGAAACCAUAGUGAAUAUCAUAGAUUGUUCAAGAUCUCGACCAGUGGUGUCGCGUCGAUUCAAAUUACAGGCAUAAGGGACAUAACAUCUUAGUUCCUUAGUUUUUUACAAUGCCAUUGUCUAUGGGCGUUGGUGACCACUUACCAUCAAGUGGCCCAUAUGCUCGUCCGCCUACUCAUACUAUAUAAGAAAAAUAAACGUCAAAUUUAUUAAUUUAUCUUUACUCCUGUGCUUGGAAUAGUUUAUUGAGUUGAGUUAGUUGUUACGAUGUUGUAAUUCAGUAACGUGAUUGUAUAAAACAUAAAUAUGUGCCUAAAAUUAUGGCGCGCAGAUUUUUAUAUGUAUAUAGAAGACUUGAACGACUGCCAUAUUGAAGCAAUAAAUAUAGCUAUAUUGAAAAUGAUUUAAAAAUCAUUUUAGUGUAUAUUGUAAUGUAAUGGAACACACCACAGUGACCGUAGUUACAAUUUAUAUAAAAAAUAACUGUUACAUCCCCUCUGUGUGUGUGUGGGGGGGGGGGUAUUUAAAUGUAAUUAUUUUAAAUGUAAUUAUUUAUAAUUGAGAGAAGGUGAAUUGUAAAAAAAUAUAUCUAACACAUUUGAACAACUACAAUUAUUAAUUUGGAACAAAAAAAAAAAAGUUAAAUUAUAUUAAACGCAAUCAAAUUGUUAGUUUCUUUUAAGUGUGAAUAAGUUAUUUGGUAAUAAGGCUUACAUUCGCGUGUCUUGUAUCAUGACAAAUAUAAUAUAAGUAGAUAAUAUCCUAAAACGUUGCCUAUAUUGCUGUAAAAGUUACAUAAACAUAGGUCCGUCCGAUGUUAGCGAAUUUUAUCGAAUUAUCCACUUGAAAGAAUAUACGUGUAUUUGUAACGUUUGAUAUUUGAUGGAAUCUGUACGAAGGGCAUGUUGUAGCGAGCGUUUGGAGAGCUAGUUUAAGAAUAAAAUUUUCUGCUAUGGGUACAUAAAAUUUUUGUACUAACGGUACAUUUCAUAAUUGGACCGACUUUCGAAAAUAUUGAAUGAAUUAUUUCUUAGUGGUUCGGUAAUUUUCGUUGCUUUAAUAGAAAGGAAAACUUAAUUAAAUUAUUAAACAUAACAAAGAAAAAUUAUAAAGAUUGUAAACACUGACAAUAAAAAACGCGCGCUCUUUUCGCUUGACACAUCAUGUCCGUUGAAUAACGCACUUUAAUUGUAAUUAAAAAUUAAUAAUCGGGUUGUUUUACGGAGAGCACACCGAGAGCAAUUCACGUGUUAUUUCAGACACCAGCGUAACAUUUAUAAAUAUGUUUAUUAUAUACAGAGCUCCGUAGCUCCGUAGCUCCGUAGCUCUGUACAUCAUGAGCUCCGUAGCUCUGUAGCGCCGUAGCCAAUACGUAUAUGUCUCAAACAUAUAUUGCUAUAUUAGCACUCGACUGUAUUUUGAAACAUUUUUUUCCGCCUUUCGUCAAAUAAAUGAGACUUGUAAAUCGAAAUGAGCUCUACGAACAAUCUAGCAACGUAUUCAUUACGUCACGUCCGGUGUGACUUUAUAACUUAACCAUGUCACAAAUUCUGACUAAUUUAAUUGCACUUUUCAUUAUGGUGGUAGGACCACUCAUCGGAUAUUAUACCGCUGUGUGAGUGAGACUGCGUAACUCAAGCACAUGGGACAAUACAUCUCAGGUUACAAGAUUGGUGGCGCAUUGACGAUGCGAGGAAUAGAACGAAUGAAGAGCGGUACCAUCUACCACCAGGCCCAUUCGACUAUCUAAGAAUGUAUAAUUUAUAUACAGUACAGUAACAGCCUGUUAAAGUCCCACUGCUGGGCUAAGGCCUCCUAUCCCUUUUGAGAAGAAGGUUUGGAGCUUAUUCCAUCACGCUGCUCUAAUGCGGAUUGACAGAAUGACAUGCAGGUUUCCUCACGAUGUAUUCCUUCACCGCCAAACACGAGAUGAAUUAUAAUUACAAAUUAAGCACAUGAAAAUUCAGUGGUGCUUUCACGGAUUUGAACCGACGAUCAUCGGUUAAGAUUCACGCGUUCUAACCACUUUGCCAUCUCGACUCAUAUAUAACAAUUUCAUUUCAUUUCAUAUAUAAUUUAUAUAAUAAUUGUCAUAUAACACUCGUAUGCUCUCGGUGUGUACCCAUACUUACGAAGAUCAUUAAUUUAUCAAACAAACGUGUGAUAGUUGUUCUCGGGGCACAUUAGUAAUUAAUUUAUUUAAUGAUUUUUAGAAAUAUUUGUAUUUCUUUUAUUGCAAUCCACUUUGUGCAUUUCUUAAACAUAUCGAACGGUCGAAACAUUAAAAACGAUAUAUGGAUUCUUGAUCGAAGUAAAGUUUUUAUUAUGAUGAAAGUUUUUUAUAUAUAUUUGUACAAAAUGGAUCGGUCUGUCUCGAGACUCCUGUUCUUAACUUAUUUAUUGCUUAUUUAUAACUAGGAGUCCAUGAUUAUGGGGACCAUAUGUUUUAUUUCUAAAUAAAGUAAAAAUAAAUGUAACAUUAUUCUAUGAGCUUGCUUCAUUAAAUUGUAUUUGAAUUAAAUAUUUAGCUAUUUAAUGCUUUAAAAUUAAUAAUGUUGAAUGUGAUAAAUGAUUAUUCUUAAAAACGACUCGUAAUAUAGAUAACGGAGCGUUUUUUAUCGCCAAAUUCAUAAUUAUACUUAUGGUAAACAUAUAUUUUUUGUCUGUUUGUGCAAAGAGCACGCAGGCCAGCUCUAUAAUAGUUCUCGAUUGCUCGGCUAAUUUUUUAAGUCGCUAUGUUUUUACAUUAGAUCGAAUAGCAAUAUAUUAAUUUUAAAAUGUUCUUUGGAAUACUAGACCAAUUUCGAUGCGGUUUUGAAAUAAGCAGUAAUUGUGAUGCAGGAGUCUUUAAGCUCGAAAGCAGAGACAUGUUCGGGUGAAUGUAUUUUUCACGUUUAAAAAACAUAUAUAUGUUUCUAAUUUCGAAUAUUAUAUAUAUAUAUAAAUAUAUAUUCGAUUUUAUUCGAAUGUAUGUUUGAUGUUCUGAUUGUUUAAGGAACGCGGGUAGCUUUAACAUAUCAGAAUAGUGUAAUUGUCCAUUCUAAUAGAAUUCAAUGGUUUUUUUUUCACAAGAUCACUCACUCCUGUUAACGUACAAACAUAUAUACAUUCCUGUUUUUUUAUUAUUAUUAUAUAAAUAAAUAGUCGUUUGGUUGGUAUUUUGUAGAGAGAAAUGUUUUUCUUUAAUAUUUUUCAUUCGAGUAAACUCUGUUGGAGCUCGGCGCGCUUGCUUGCGGCUCGGAGUGUGAUGGGGCCGUGUCCGGUUGUAGUACUCGCUAUUUAUAGUAAUAAAAUAUUUGUUAAUUUUUA